GUAUAUUAUAAACAGAAGAUCCUCGAGUAUGCAGCUUGAUUCAACCACAUAAAACCAUUCAAUUAGAGACCUACUUUACGCCGCUCAUUAGUAACAAGCAGUGAACUGUAUGUAAACAACUUAACACGUUGUAAAAUAGAAAACAGUUGUCAAACUAGAUUACUGAAGUAUUUCCAGCUAUCACUUCGAAAAUGUCGCGUGCAGCAGGAACUCUUAUUACCACAAAUAAUGCUACCUAUAUUUCUCCACGGUUUAUGCCCGGAUAUAGAGGUCACUGCCCUACAAUGAAGUAUGAUUUUGGAGAAACAUAUGGAAAUGCUACACAAAAAUAUUUUCAGGACUACCGAUCAGAAGUUUUGAAUAGUUCUAAAGAUCCCUAUUGUCGUGGUGGACAGUUUCCUACAUAUUACACACAUAAUCCUGAUCUGGUAAUCUCUAAUAGAAGUCGUAAUCGUGACAGAUGGCUGUUAGCUCCUAAAUACGAACUUUCUAAUGUUGAUCAUGAUAGAAGAGAUGAAUUAAGGAGAUUUGAUGAGCUUUCACAGAAACACAGAGAAUAUUAUACUGAUAAAACUGGAACACAGAAACCAGUGAAUUAUUUUCAACUACCAAAUAGUCCGAAUGAUGACUUUAAUACAAAAGUGGCUCUUAUGAUGGAACCAACAGACUUCCAUUUACCACCUAUAGAAACCUCAAAAUCGGAGAUAACCAAGCAGUCACAGCCAAGAACGAGUAACAGAGAUCGUGAAAUGAGAGAUUUUAUAUUUGAAGAGAGGUAAAACAAAAUGUAACAAAGUUGAGUUCAUAUUAAAAAUCAUGCCUGAUGUAUAUAGAUUGACCAACUAUACAGAAAACCUUUCCUUCCACUGUAAAGAGUUUUAAUUAGAUUUUUUUUUUGUUACAUUCAAGGUCAUUUAAGUUAUAAAAUUCUGUAAAUAUGAUGCCCCACUGGUUUAUGAAUAUACAUGAUUGUUAUUUUCUAUCUUAUUAUCUUUCUGUUUGUCUUGUCCAUGUUAAUUUCUCAUGUGAUUUAAGUCUUAGGCGGAAGAAGUCGAUUUCAAGAAAUGGAUUUGUUUUGUUUUAACACUAGUAUUAUAUGGUUCAUGAUGUGAUCAAUUGUUCAAAGUUUUAACUGUGAUAGAUGACUUGAUACCACAAUGUAUAUAAUAUUGAUCUUAUCUGCAAUUUAGUUUUUAAUAGAAAAAGUUUAACAGACCCAAGUUUGAUGAACUUAAUGGUAUUAGACUAUAUAUUUUAUUAUCUGGAAAGCAUUUAAUGUGAUCUUGUUUGAAUAUAGUAUACUGGGAUACAUGUGUUCAGUGUUUGUCAUCCAUAGAUUGUUUUAUAUAAUUAUGUCUGAAUAUUAUGUCUCAACUGUUAAUAAAUAUAAAAAACAA